AUGACAGUAAUGUCAACAUCAGAGAACACAACAACAGUUAUAGUCCAUGAAGCCAUAAAUGAAGAAUACGAAUACAUACAAUAUAACAAACAACUUCGCCUCAUUCGUUCGGUCAAAGAUGACAUGUACCAAAUGCAAAGUAUAAUGAAUGCUCUUCGUUCUACAAAGCAAGCAUAUCAUUGGUUUGAAAACCAACAGACAAAAGAACUUUUAGAAGAAUUUCCUCAUAUGAUUGCUUCCCUCGGAAAACCGAGAGAAGAGAUUCCGUACGAAAAUCGCAAGAAUUUGGCUCCUGGUUUGAAAGGAUAUUAUGUUCAUAGACUUUUAGUAAAUGCUGUAGCAAUGUGGGCUUCACCUCGUUAUGCUUGUUAUAUUCUUCACAAAAUGCCUUAUAAUACUCUUCACCUAAACAUUAUUUUUGGUCAUUUACGAUGA